AUGCAUGGCACCUCAUGUAAAGCAGCUGGAUUGAAGCAAUCCCCCCGACAGACGGGCCCCAGCCCAGCUCUCGCCAGGGCACGGAAACUUCAGGCAGCCAAGGGCUCCCACACCACAGGCAAGGCUGGGAACCCCGCACCCACAUCACGGCCACUCAACCGAGCCGCCCCAGUGCCUUCCGGCCGUACUGCAAAGAGUGGAGCAACACCAAGCAGCUCCAAGCCGGUAGACCCCACGACCACGUGCUCCAAAGCCGCCAUGUUGUCGUCUUCCCGACAGGACGUCCAUGAGAGCGAAGAAGGUAGCACCACCUUGUCAUCAACCUCCUCUCCCUCGUCGUCCUCUUCGUGGGAGCACGAAACGCCACCCUCCUCCCCCAACACAGGAACAGAGAGCGAGAAGGAGGAAACUGCAUCGCCUAAGCCGAAACGCUGGCAGCAACAGCAGCCCGCCGCGCCCCCUUCUGGCCAAAUGCAGACAUUGAGGUUGGACGUCACGAAUGGCGUCGAAAUAGACCGGGAAUACUUCGAAUCGCUCAGGAGGUGA